UAACGGUUCAGAAGGGGGCGUGGUUUAAAAAUCCCGCAAUCCCGAUUGGCCCCUCCCCUCCUAUUGCUAUGGAUUAGCGAGCAGUUUAGUGAUGUCACAUGCAGGCGCCGCAUUUCCGGCGGAAAGUGAACGGCAAGCACUAGGCAGGGUGACAGUGUUGAACCCUUGUCAACGAUGCUGAGGCGUCGCGUGAGAUGACGUAAAGGCACUUCCGCUGCUCCAUCCCUCUUCUCCGGUCGGCUUUGAAUGUACUUCCGUGAAAUAACAAGUGGCGCCUCAGUGAAAUUUGUCCGCUAAGCGGCUCCGUAGGGUCAUUUCCUGUUUUGGCGGCGGUUUCCAAGGCGACAGUGGGACGCCCGAAACAUGCUCGGACCGUAUGACUGUGAAUGGGAAGGAUUUAUGUUCAAGAAAGUGGGAUCCUGCCCCUGAUAACAAUAUCCAUACAGUUGCGUGGUCAAUGACUUGUAUUCUCGGGGCUUGUGGCUCUCUUGGGUCAUCAAUGGAGCCUCCAGGGGCUGAACCUUAGUCUCUUCAAUGUUGAGGUCCUCCUCCCAAUUUCAGAAUGGCUACUCCAUCGCCGAACCCUCCACCAGACCUCCCUUUUGCUGCCACCUUGUUCCUGCCCCUCCCCGCCAUCGUCUUCUUGGCUGUUGGCUCCUACCUUCUGCUCCUGAUGCUGGUCCUGAUCCUGCGACAGUGCCUGCUGGCCCGCGGCCUUUGUGCCAACUGUUGUUCGUGCCAAAAGGGGUCUUUGCCAAGCGUGUGUGAAUGUUGUUUGGCCUGUGCGGAGUCAUGUGACUGUGCCCUCCCUUCCCCAACUCGCUGUCUGGAUGACUGCUGCCGCUGCACUAAUGGUUUGGACAUGAGGUCUUGCUCCACCCUGCCCAGCUGGUGUCCACUCUGUGACUGUGCUUGUGCCUACCAGCCCCCGGACUGUCAGAGCAUCAAUUGCAUUUGCUUCGAGAUCAAAUUGCGAUGAGGGGCUCCCAGUCUGAAUAUUAAAGGAAAUGAUGCCUAUGAUGUAGGGACAUGGGAGAGGUCUUUGCUCUAGCAAUUGAUGUCUUUGCUCUACCCAUGCCUGGCAAACAAGGAGUUCCUCUUCCUGUUUUUUAAAACUAUUCUGACGCUUUUUGCUUUUUGUAAUGCCUGUUUGUGAUUAUUGUUUUUAUAAAAGCUACACUUUAUAUA